AUGUCGUCAACAACAGAGGCGCCUCAGGCGGCGGCAGCGGCACCACAAGGGCUCCCUCCAAAGCCAGCAGCAGCAGCAACAACUACAGGAGAGUCAUCUCACCAAGGUCAGGGCCAGGAACAGGGUCAAAGAAAAUGGCAGAACGGCGGCAACAAACCCAAUGGCAACAAGCGUUCGUUCCAGGGCGGCCAAGGAGGCGGAAGGGGCAAGGACAAGCAGCGCAAGUCGAAGCGUGAGAGGAACAUCACCGAGGGGUCGUCCGAAGAGGUUCUGGCGUUCGACGUGCAAGCCCUCAUCGCGUUACGCAAGGAAUCACUCCCCGAUGCACCGGCGCCGGCACCAGCAACCCAAGCGCCCUCGGAAUCCCUCCCGGAAACCUUCACCGAAAUCGAAGUUGAAGUCCAUGCAAUCUCCUCAACGGGAGACGGCCUCGGCUUCCAGCUGGGCUCGACCUCGACACAAGUCUACGUUGUCCCCUUUGUCGCACCCGGCGACGUCGCAAAGGCAAAGGUCAUUAGACACGUCCGCGAGGAGUCCUACUCAGUAGCCGACUUCAUCUCCGUCGUCAAGGCGGGCCCCCUCCGCGACGACGCCCGCGUCAACUGCAAGUACUUUUCCCAGUGCUCCGGCUGCCAGUUCCAGAUGCUCGACUACGACACCCAGCUCACGCACAAGCGCUCCAUUGUCGACAAGGCGUACAAGAACUUCUCCAACUUGAACCCCGAGCUGGUCCCCUCGAUCCGGGAUACCAUUGGUAGCCCGCUUCAGUAUGGGUACCGCACCAAGCUCACGCCGCACUUUGACGGCCCUCCUGGUCACCACAAGAGGAAUAAGCCCAAGCAGGCGUUGAGCAAGGCCCCCGAUAUCGGAUUCAAUGUCAAGGGCCGCCGUCAUGUUCUGGAUAUCGAGGACUGCCCCAUUGGAACCGAGGCCGUUCGUUUGGGUAUGAAGCGCGAGCGUGAGCGCAUCGCCAGAGACUUUGGCAACUUUACAAAGGGCGCCACGAUCCUCCUCCGCGAGAGCACAAAACGCUACCCAAAGAAGGAAGAAGAACAACCUCCCGCAGAAACCCCCUCCGACGCAGUCCGCAUUGAGACAGACACCCACGUAGACAUCAAAACCUGCCUCUCCGCCACAGGCGCAAUGUCAAGCGAAUACAUCGACACCUACCUCUUCACCAACCCCGCAAACUCCUUUUUCCAAAAUAACAACUCCAUCCUCCCCAAAUUCACCCAGUACAUCCGCGACCACGUCAUGCCACCCGCCGGCCCCAACCGCGACCGCAUAAAGUACCUCAUCGACGCCUACUCCGGCUCCGGCCUCUUCACAAUCACCCUUGCCUCCCUGUUUACCGGCAGCACAGGCAUCGACAUCGCAAAGGACUCCAUCGAAUGUGCCCGCAAAAACGCCCGCCUCAAUAACCUCCCCGAGUCGCAGUGUAACUUCCUCGCUGCUGAUGCGCCGCAGCUGUUUAAGCAGGUCACGUACCCGGCCGACGAGACCGUCGUCGUCAUUGACCCCCCGCGUAAGGGUUGCGAUAACGAUUUCCUGAGCCAGUUGUUGGCGUUUGGGCCGAGGCGGGUCGUGUACGUGAGUUGCAACGUUCACACGCAGGCGCGCGAUGUGGGCGUGCUGGUGCGUGGCGACGGCGGGGAUGGGACAAAGUACGAGAUUGAGAGUAUUGUGGGCUUUGACUUCUUCCCGCAGACGGGACAUGUCGAGGGUGUGGCUGUGUUGAACAGGGUUGAGAAGAGUGCUUGA